CGGGACCAUCUCGGACGCCAGCCAUGGCCGGGCUCAUCAAGAAGCAGAUCCUGAAGCACCUGUCCCGGUUCACUAAGAAUCUCUCCCCGGAUAAGAUCAAUUUAAGCACUCUGAAGGGGGAGGGCCAGCUCACCAACCUGGAGCUGGAUGAAGAGGUCCUCCAGAAUGUGCUGGAUCUGCCCACCUGGUUGGCCAUCACCCGAGUCUACUGCAACCGGGCUUCCAUCCGGAUCCAGUGGACAAAGUUGAAGACACAUCCAAUUUGCUUGUGUCUGGAUAAGGUGGAGGUGGAGAUGAAGACUUGUGAGGAGCCUCGGCCUCCCAACGGCCAGUCACCCAUUGCUCUUGCUUCCGGACAGAGUGAGUAUGGCUUUGCCGAGAAGGUGGUGGAGGGCAUGUUCAUCGUAGUCAAUUCCAUCACCAUCAAGAUCCACUCCAAGGCCUUUCAUGCUUCUUUCGAAUUGUGGCAGCUCCAAGGCUACAGCGUCAACCCAAACUGGCAGCAGAGUGACCUCCGCCUCACCCGGAUCACUGACCCCCGCCGAGGAGAGGUCUUAACAUUUAAGGAAAUAACUUGGCAAACACUUCGGAUUGAGGCAGAUGCCACAGACAAUGGCGAUCAGGACCCCAUCACCACUCCAUUGAGGCUGAUUACCAACCAAGGCAAGAUCCGGAUAGCCCUCAAGAGAAGAACCAAAGACUGCAAUGUCGCAGCCUCCAAGCUGAUGUUCCUGCUGGACGACCUGCUCUGGGUGCUGACCGACUCGCAGCUCAAGGCUAUGCUCAAGUAUGCGGAGUCUCUGAGUCAGGCCAUGGAGAAGUCGGCCCAGCAGAGAAAAAGCACAGCCCCGGAGCCCGUGCAGAUCACCCCACCUGCUCCCAGCGCCCAGCAGACCUGGGCCCAGGCGUUUGGUGGCAGCCAGAGCAGCAGCAGCAGCAGCAGUAGCAACCGCCUGAGCCAGUAUUUUGAGAAGUUUGAUGUGAAAGAGUCCUCUUACCAUCUGCUCAUCUCCCGCCUGGACCUGCAUAUCUGUGAUGACAGCCAGUCCCGAGAGCCAGGUGUCUCUGCAAACAGACUCUUGGGUGGUGCUAUGCAGUUGACCUUCCGCAAGAUGGCAUUCGACUAUUAUCCCUUCCACUGGGCAGGCGAUAGCUGCACACACUGGGUGCGGUACUGUGAGGCCAUGGAGACCCGAGAGCAGUGGGCGCAGAAGCUGGUGGAGGAAUUUCAAAGGAAGAUGGAGAAGUGGCACGAAGAGACGGGUCUGAAACCACCCUGGCACCUGGGCGUGGAGUCUCCUUUUCGGAAGAAAGCAGAUUCUCUCUCCAGUCCGCGCAAGAACCUCCUUGAGAGAAGCCCCUCUCAGGGCCAGCAGGCUGCCUUCAGACCCCCCGCCUGGAGUCGUCUACGCUCGAGCUGCCUGGUCAUCCGUGUGGAUGACUUAGACAUCCAUCAGGUUUCCACGGCCGGGCAGCCAAGUAAGAAGCCAUCAACACUCCUUUCCAGCACCCAGAAACUUCGCAACCCACCCGCUCAGGUCUCUGCCAUUCAUAUUGAAUUCACAGAAUAUUACUUCCCAGAUAAUCAGGAGCUUCCAGUUCCAUGUCCCAAUCUCUACAUUCAGUUAAAUAGUCUGAUGUUUACGAUGGAUCCUGUCAGCUUGCUCUGGGGAAACCUCUUCUGCCUGGACUUGUACCGCAGCCUGGAACAGUUCAAAGCUAUCUACAAGCUGGAAGAUUCCAGGCAGAAAGAUGAGCAUGUGGAUAUGCGGCUGGAUGCCUUCUUGCUGAAGGUGAGCUUCCCUCUGGAGAAGAGAGAGCGGGCAGGGCUGCAUCGGCCCCAGGCCCUUGUCUUCUCUACGUCCAGCCUGACUGCCACCAACACGCGUCAUGCUCUGCACUGCGGCUCUUCGGACCUGCAGAGUCUCUUCCGGGGCUUUGCUGCGACUGAGUUCUUUCAUUCCAGCCAUGUCCACUUUCCCAAGACUCCAGGUGGCUUCAGCAUCCUGCACAUGCUCUUUCUGCAUCACGCCUUCCAGAUGGAUUCCCGUGUCCCUCCGCCACAUACUCUUCCCCCUCAGAGGCCCAAGGCCUCCCAGGACCUCUGGUCCAUUCACUUCGCCAAGGUCUCCUUGGACUUCGAGGGAACAGAGAAAGUGAAAGGUCACCCGUUGAAUUUUGUGGCUCCCUUCCCCUUGUCCAUUUGGGCCUGCUUGCCUCUCCGCUGGCAGCAGGCCCAGGCCCGGCAGCGCCUACUGGCCACAGAAGGGAGGCUGAAGCCCUCGGCGAGCUUUGGCAGCCCUGGCCAGACUGAGCUCCUGACUGGGGACACCAUGACCCACCAGAGGUCAAAGACCGAGCAAGACUUGAAGAACUUAUCGGGCUUCAGUGAAGUCAUGAACACUCUGAAAGAAGACAGUGGCAGUUCGGACAGCCGGGGGCCCCCCACAGAGCUGGAGGACUCAGCGGACAUCCACAUGCUCGUGCACUCCCCUGCACAAAUCUUCGUGAGACUCGACCACUAUCAGUACUUGGCUCUGCUCCGCCUCAAGGAGGUGCUUCAGGGCCUCCAGGAGCAGCUGACUCAGGACACGAAGGCCAUGACUGGGUCGGCCAUGCAGGACCAGACGGCUUGCAUCGGGGUCCUCUUCCCCAGUGUUGAGGUGGCGCUGCUCAUGCAUCCUGCACCUGGGUCAGUGGAAGCCGACUCCGAGGGCUCAGAUAGCACCAGUCUCAUCGAUUCCGAGCUGUCUCCUUCAGAGGAGCGGGAGCCCAAGUCAGACACCUCUUCCGAGCAGGGCCCCAUGAGUCCUGCAAAGCUUCCAGAGGACAGUGCACUGGAAAAUUCGGAUGCAGCCCCCCCGGAUAAGCCCGUGCCGCUGCUUCACGACAGAGAAGUGCGGGAUGCAGAGUCUUCUACUCCACAGCCACCUGCAGGGAAGGGCCACGAAGCGGUCGAGUCCCUCCACGCCAAGAGACUGAGUAGAGCCCAAGCAGCCAGCUCGGCAGCCCCUUCAAAACCUCCGGGUCCCAGGGAUACUGCGGUGAAUGGGCAGGGCGAGCUGGUCCCCUUGAAGAACAUAGAGGGAGAAUUGUCAAGCGCCAUUCACCUGACCAAGGAUGCCACCAAGGAGGCGCUGCAUGCCACGAUGGACCUCACCAAGGAAGCCGUGUCUCUCACCAAGGAUGCUUUCAGCCUGGGCAAAGAUCGCAUGACCUCAACUAUGCACAAGAUGCUGUCCCUCCCGCCCACUAAAGAUCCUGUGGCUAAAGCGGAUGAGGGGGUGGCAGCCCCCGUGAGUGGAGGUGCUGCCAGACUCCGGUUCUUCUCCAUGAAGAGGACGGUUUCCCAGCAGUCUUUUGAUGGGAGCUCCUUGGACAGCAGUGGCCCUGAAGACCGGAUCUCCGUGGACAGUGAUGGCAGUGACGGCUUUGUCAUGCUUUUGGAGACUGAGUCCUGUCUGGAGUCCUUACCACCAGCUUCUCUUCACAGUGUCUCUGACAGCGCUGGCACACAAGGGAGUCCUGGAGUGGAGAGUUCUGGCCAGGGAUCGCCAGAGGCCAACAGCUCUGCGCCUCCCAGUGCAGGGGACCUCAGUCCAUACCUGGUCUCUGUUCUGGUCCUGAAGGUGAACGAGGUGUCUUUGGGGAUUGAGAUGCGAGGUGAGGACCUGACGGUGGCCCUGGAGGCACAGGAGCUGGCCCUGCGGCAGCUGGGCACAGUGGGACUCUGGCAUUUCCUGCACGAAGAGUGCCCAGGUACAAACCAAGCAGAAUCUUCCACUUCGAAGUCUAGUCCCACCAGGCCAGCUGUGGGCCUUCGUUUUGAGGUGGGCCCUGGUGCAGCCGUUCACUCCCCGCUGGCCACACAGAAUGGCUUCCUGCAUUUCUUGCUUCGUGGCUGUGGUCUUGAGCUGCUGACGUCUGUGCUCAAUGGCCUGGGGCCCUUCUUGGAGGAUGAGGAGAUCCCAGAGGUCGUUCCCAUGAAGAUCGAGCUCCUGAACUCCAGGAUCACCCUGAAGGACGAUAUCCCCCCAAUCUAUCCCACGUCUCCGGGCCCUAUCCCCAUCACCGUGGCCAUGGAGCACGUUGUACUGGAGCGGGAUGACGACGGCGUGUUCCACAUAGCUGCUGCUCAGGACAGACCCUCAGCUGAGGCAGCUGAGGGCGAGAAGAGGCAGGUCCUGAAAGAACAGCAGGUGUUUCUGGUACCGACAGUGGAGGCUUUUGGAGCGCAGGUGAAAGAACUUCCUACUCUACAGAAGGAACUUUUGGAAACACAAAAAGCGCUGGCCAGUGCCAACCGUGACAGGGAAAGACUUCUCCAGGAAAUUAGGAAAUACAAUCCCCUCUUUGAGCUCUGACAGCAGUGCCCGGAGAGGAAGAGAUCACCAGCAAGCACCACCCGGACAGAGGCGCCAGCAGUGUUGACUGAGUCUGCCAAGGAGGCCAGAGGCACUUGGGGGUGUUCGGCUCACUUCCUGUGGCAUCCUCCCCAGGAGCUGUUCUAACCUGGAUGGGAAACUGUCCUGGCAAACAGGGCAGCUCUGUCUGUGAGUGACUCCAGCAUCAUGCUGCCUGUAGAAAGCCUCUGGUUGUCUGUAUACUAGGUGGAACAUUCUCAACACUGCAGGGCCACGUCACCUCGUUUCACACAGAGCCACUUGCUUCCUCCUCAACCGGUGCGAACAACGUUAAGAAUCCAUCUCCUCAGCCAUCCAGCCUCAGAGCCACCAAAGAGUCUUUGUCGUCUCAGAGCUUCCUGUUGCAGAGCUGAAAAGUCCUUGGCUUGAGUUUUGGCCACAACCGUGGAGCGGACAAGAAAGAGCCCAUCAGGCAGCGGGCUGUAGUGGCACGAGAGUACAGGUGACCUACUCUCAGCCUCUUGGGGAAGGGGACCGAGCUCUUGUUACCUUGAUUGAUAUUACAAUCAGAUCUUUCAGGAUUAAGCUUCUUUGUUAUACUUUCAUCUUUGUGCUGCUGUGAUACUAAAUAAGCAAUAGGAGUCAGUUGGUUCUAUCAGCUCUCCCCUCAGUGACAGUUUGUUUGAAACUUAAAGGAAAAAAGAUGCUAACCUUGAGCUAGUUAAAGUCCCACUGGGGUAGGGAGGGAUCAGCAGGGGAACCUGAUUCGGAGCCCCCAUGGACAUGCCGAGUCCUUCUCUACCACAGAAUGCCUCAGAGAUAAGCCCCCUGCCUGGUUCCUAGGCAUUCUCCUCAGCACCUGGUGGUUUGGAAGCUGAAAGGAGUUUAACCUUCAUGUAAACAUUUCACUCAAGGUCUUUUACCCCCAGUCCCUAUGGUUUUCAAAAAUCAUGUCAUUUGGGGCCGGAGUGGUGGUGCAAGCGGUAGGGCGUUUGUCUUGC